AUGGCUGAUACCAGUGAAUCUCUGCCAGAAAGAAGAAUUGUUCUUCUUGGAAAAACAGGAGAUGGCAAAAGCAGUACUGGGAAUACAAUUCUUGGAAAGUAUUUAUUUUCAAGUGCUGCUUCACCUGCAUCUGUGACAACUGAAUGUGCUAGCAAUGAAAACACUGUUUUUGGAAGAAAGAUCAGAGUUAUUGAUACACCUGGAUUUUUUGAUGCCGAUCAUGAUGAUAAGAAGAUCAAACAUGAGAUCAUAAGAUGUAUGAUUGAAUGUGCUCCAGCUAUUGAUGCCUUAGUCAUUCUCCUGAAGGCUGGGAGGUACACAAUACAAGAAAUGGAGACUGUGGAUAAAAUUGUUGAAUGUUGUCAAGAAAAUGCCUUUAAACACUCAGUGGUUUUAUUCACUCAUGGUGAAGAACUAAAAAAUCAAAGAAUUGAGGAAUUUGUUCAGAAAAGUCCAAAACUACAGGAGCUGGUUGAUAAAUGUGGAGGUCGCUGUAAUGUCAUCGACAACGAAUAUUGGAAUGAUUGUGAUUCGGGGUACAAGAGCAACAGGGUUCAGGUGAAAAAUCUGCUGGACAAAAUAGAUGAGAUGGUAAAAGUGAAUGGCCGCUAUACCAAUGACAUGCUUAAGAAGAUGGAUGAGAGAAUUCAAGAGGAGACUGACCAAAAUAUAACCAAAACCAUACACUAUAUUACAACAAUACAACGCACCGUACAACAAAACAAACCUCUUUCUUUGCAAGAGAAAAGAGAAAAAGCAAAGCGCAUUGUUCUUAAGGAAUAUGUGAAUAGGCUUGCAGGAGUGACGGCAGGGACACUGAUGGGUGCUUUUCUGGGCAUUGUUGUUGCAGUGGCAUCAGUUGUGACUUUACUUCAGCCAGAAAACCUACCAACAGUGAUACAAACAGUCAACGCAGCAGCACAAACUAUAAGUAACAUGCACACAGGAGAAAUAGGGCCCAAUGUGAAGGCUGCAAUCACUGCAGCGGCAGCGGGUGUCUUUUUCGGAGCUCCACCUCUUCUAGGAGCAGUUGUAGGAGGAGUUAAUGGAUACAAAGCAGCAAAAGAAGCCGAUUCAGUGUGUGAUGCAGUGAAGAGAGCAGCAGCAGAUGCAUGUGCAGAGAGGCCUUACAUGCAAAUGAGAUGUGGCUUUGUAUCGAAUGCUCACCAGCGCCAACUACAGGCUUUGGUGACACGCAGGCAACUACAGACACAGGCCUUGGUGAUGUGA